UAUAUAUAUAUUCCCUUGACCUCCUGAUGAUCAUCAGGAGGUCAAGGGAAUUGGAUGCUGAGUAUGCAAUGAUCUUUUGCUCAGCAAACAUGCUGAUCUUCCCCAUCAAACAUAAUAUUGCUGAUGUUGUCUUUCUUUCGGUUGUUGUCGGCCUCGUGAUGAUGAGCUGCUUGCUGGGCGCAAACAUACAGCUUGCUUCUGCUACUGUGCCUCAAGAUGAAGUUGAUGCUCUCCAGCAAAGUGCAGAGACAAUGGGGGCUACUGAUUGGAAGUUUAAUGCCAAUACUUGCCAAGUCGAAACGGUUAUGUCGGGUCCGCCGCCGAGCCUUUCCGAGAAGAACGUUAGUUGCAAUUGCCAAUUCGAGAACAAUACCUGCCACAUCGUACACAUAGAACUUAAGAGGUUCAGUCUUCCAGGUGUACUUUCUCCCGAGCUGGUUCGGCUUCGUUACCUCCAACACGUGGAUUUGGCUUACAACUAUCUAAGUGGGUCAAUUCCAAUCCAAUGGGUUUCAACGCAAAUGAACUUUGUCUCUCUUCUCGGAAACCGGUUGUCAGGGUCGAUACCGAAGGAAUUGGGUAACUUUAGCAGUCUCAAAUACUUGAGUCUUGAAGCAAAUCAAUUUUCUGGAACAGUCCCUCCAGAACUUGGGAAGCUAGUUAAUUUGGAAACUUUGGUAUUAUCCUCUAAUAAUUUGAGUGGUAAUCUACCAAAGGAACUUGGCGGGCUGAAAAACUUGACAGAUUUUCGCAUAAAUGAUAACAACUUAAACGGAACGAUACCAGAUUUUAUUCAGAACUGGAAAAAUCUUGAGAGACUAGAAAUGAUUGCUAGUGGACUUGAAGGACCCAUACCAUCAUCUAUUUCUGUCUUGGAAAAGUUAGAAGAUUUGAGAAUUACCGAUAUAAGUACUGGGACAAUUCAGGCUUUUCCAGAGCUGACAAACAUGACAGGCCUUACGAGAAUAGUUAUGAGGAACUGUAAUAUCUCUGGUGAAAUUCCUGACUACAUCUGGGGAAUGAAUUCUCUGCUGACUCUGGAUCUCAGUUUCAACAAGUUAAGUGGAGAACUUCCCAGUGUUAUAAGCACAGAGACUUUGAAGUUUAUUUUCUUAAGUGGCAACUCGCUGAGUGGAGAUGUUCCAGAGUCAAUCUUGAAGAAAGGAACUAACGUGGAUCUCUCGUACAAUAACUUUACAUGGCAAAGCGAAGAGAAGCCUGCUUGCCAAACCAAAGAUCUGAACUUAAACUUGUUCCAAAGUUCUCCGAAGGAAAAUGGCUUAAGGGCAUUUCGUCCGUGCAUGAAGGAUUUCAAGUGUAGUCAAUAUUCGCAUUCUUUAUACAUAAAUUGUGGUGGAGAUGAUGUUCAAGAAGGAGACAUUGUCUAUCAAGGAGAUGCAAAUGUUGAUGGUGGUGCUGCAACAUUCUUUUCUAGUGAGAAUGGUCACUGGGGACUAAGUAGCACGGGAGACUUCAUGGAUGACAAUGAUUUUCAAAACACUCGUUAUGUUGCAACUUUGACUUCACCAAACAUCUCUGCAUUGUAUUCUGAAGCUCGCCUUUCUCCUCUAUCUCUUACUUACUAUCAAUAUUGUUUACAAAAUGGAAGUUACACUGUGAGCCUACACUUUGUGGAGAUACAAUUUACGAAUGACAAAACAUAUAACAGCCUUGGGAGGCGUAUAUUUGAUAUAUACAUUCAGGACAAACUAGUGGAGGAGGAUUUCAAUAUAACUGCCGAAGCCUAUGAGGUUGUUACACCAGUUACAAAAAAAUAUAAUGCCAGUGUUGAACAAGGUAUAUUGGAAAUCCGCUUCUAUUGGGCUGGAAAAGGGACAACGCGAAUACCUGAAAUUGGAAUUUAUGGUCCCUUGAUAUCAGCUAUUUCUGUGGACCCCAACUUCGUACCUCCCUCAGAAGGGGGAAAGACAAGGAUUGCACCAAUUAUUAUAGGAGCUGUUGGGUCAUGCCUCAUAUUCUUGGCAUUGUGUGUCCUUUGGUGGAGGUGCUAUUUUAGAGCCAAAUCUGGGAGAGAACAAGAUAUUAAAGGACUAGAGCUCCAAACAAGUUCUUUUAGUUUAAAGCAAAUUAACAUUGCCACUAACAAUUUUGAUCCCGCAAACAAGAUUGGAGAAGGUGGAUUUGGACCUGUUUACAAGGGUCUGUUAGCCGAUGGUACUGUAAUUGCUGUAAAGCAGCUCUCAUCUAAAUCAAGACAGGGAAAUCGUGAAUUUCUGAAUGAGAUAGGCAUGAUCUCUUGUUUGCAACACCCAAAUCUUGUGAAACUUUAUGGCUGUUGUAUUGAAGGUGAUCAACUGUUGCUCGUAUAUGAAUAUCUGGAGAAUAAUAGCCUUGCCAGAGCCUUGUUUGGCCCUGAAAAAUUUCAACUGAAAUUGGACUGGCCGACUAGGCACAAGAUUUGUGUUGGAAUAGCUCAAGGUUUAGCUUUUCUUCAUGAAGAAUCAAGACUCAAGAUUGUUCACAGAGAUAUAAAAGGUACCAAUGUCUUGCUUGAUAGGGAGCUGAACCCCAAAAUUUCCGAUUUUGGAUUGGCUAGGCUUGAUGAAGGGGAAAAAACCCACAUCAGUACCCGAAUAGCUGGAACAAUUGGAUAUAUGGCACCAGAAUAUGCUCUUUGGGGUUAUUUAACCUACAAAGCUGAUGUUUACAGUUUUGGAGUUGUGGCAUUGGAAAUUGUUAGUGGGAAGCACAAUAUGAGUUAUGGGCCUGCAAGUAACUGUGCAUGUCUUCUAGAUUGGGCUUGUCAUCUGCAGGAAACCGGAAGCCUAAUGGAGCUAGUAGAUCAAAAGCUUGGAUCUGAAUUCAACAAGGUAGAAGCAGAAAGGAUGAUGAAAGUAGCUUUCUUAUGCACUAAUGCUUCACCCUCAUUAAGGCCGACCAUGUCUGAAGUGGUAAACAUGCUCGAAGGAACUACUGUCAUUCCCGAUGUGAUUCCUGAAGCAAGUACUUAUAGUAAAGAUUUAAGGUUUAAAGCCAUAAGAGACCAUCACAGCCAGAUGCGAAGUCAAAGUAUGGAAGGAAGUCAGGAUCAUCGUUCAACAUCAGUCGGUUCAUUGCAUGGCUCAUCCUCUGCAUCAGCCCAUGACCUCUAUGAAAUUACUGAUGAGUCAUAUCUGAGGUUCAAAGCCAUGAGAGAUAAUUAUAUGCAGAUGGAAAGCAAGACUUCAGAGGCAAGUCAUGCCCAAAACUCGACGUCUGUCUCCUCAGGGAUUGGCCCUUCCUCAACAUCAGAAGAUCUGCAUGAGAUUAAUUUGAAAAACCCAUCGAUUUUUUAAAUCCUUCCCUUUCCGCAUGCCGCCUUCUCUGUACUUCAGCUAUGUUCUGAAUUUUCAUCUGUCAAGUGUUUGAUAAUAGCAUACGUACUACUAUAAUUCUUACUCCAACACAAAAACAAUUAAAGCUGUGAGAGGAGCAUAAUCUGUAGGUUCCCAAGAACCCUAAAACAAAUUUGUAUUAAAGAA